AUGGCGGCCGCGGUCGGGCUGGGCGGUGGCGGGGCCUUGAGGCGGGGCCUGGGGCCGGGGCCGCUCCUGCUCCUGUUCCUCGGGGCCGCGCUGGGGGCUGCUCGGGCCGCGGUGUACUUCCAGGAGCAGUUUCUGGAUGGAGCCAGCUGGCAGAAGAGGUGGGUGCACUCCGAGUACAAGGCAGAAAGGCUUGGGACGUUUAAACUCACGGCUGGGAAGUUCUACGGAGAUCCAGUGCGAGAUAAAGGCCUUCAAACUAGUGAGAACUCCAAAUUUUAUGCAAUCUCCUCACGAUUUAAACCGUUUAGUAACAAAGGGAAGACUCUGGUCAUUCAAUACACUGUGAAACAUGAGCAGAAAAUUGAUUGUGGUGGGGGAUACAUUAAGAUUUUUUCCUCAGACUUGGAUCAGAAGAACCUGAGUGGAGAUUCCCAUUACUAUAUAAUGUUUGGGCCAGAUAUCUGUGGAUCUGAAACAAAGAAAGUCCAUGUUAUUUUAAAUUACAAGAAUAAACCCCACCCAUUGAAGAAACCAAUCAGAUGUAAGGUUGAUGGUUAUACACAUCUGUAUACUUUGAUUAUAAGGCCAGAUCAGACUUACGAAGUAAAAAUUGAUAAUGCAGUGGUUGCAUCAGGCAACUUAGAAGACGAUUUAGAUUUUUUGCCACCAAGGAAAAUUAAUGAUCCAGCAGUGAAGAAACCCCGUGACUGGGAUGAUCGAAUCCAAAUUGAUGAUCCAAAUGACAUCAAACCUGAGGAUUGGGAUGAACCUGAAUAUAUUAUGGACACUAGUGCUGAGAAACCUGAAGACUGGGAUGAUUCUGUGAAUGGAAAAUGGAGUUAUCCUAUGGUCAAGAAUCCUCUAUACAGAGGGGAGUGGCAACCAAGGCAGAUUGAUAACCCAAAUUACAGAGGGGUUUGGCCUCACCCAAAGAUUGACAAUCCAAAUUACUCGCCAGACUACAAUAUCUACAGUUAUGAAAACAUCAGCAUUAUUGGACUAGAUAUCUGGCAGGUGAGAGCUGGCACAAUUUUUGACAACUUCUUGAUAACAGAUGAUGAGGAUUACGCAGAAGACUUUGGAGAUGAAACAUGGGGAGAAACAAAGGAUCCUGAAAAGGAAAUGAACAUCAGGCAGACUGAGGAAGAGCAGGAGAGAGAAAGGGUCACAGAAGAAAAAUACUUUGAGCAACGGUUUAAGAAAAAAAUAAAGGAAAAAAGAAAAUCUCAAAGAGAUCGAGUGAUGAGGAGCUCUAUCAAGAAAGAAGAACUUUAAUUAUUUGAAACACAGUUUUUUUUUUUUUUCCAAAUUAUCUCUCUCUAUAAAAAUUUUUUGCUAACAGCUUGUUGAAAUUUGCAUUGUUAAAGCUGUAUUAAGACUGGACUUCAAAAAAAAAAUUUGUGAACUUUUAGUUACUUUCUAAUGAAAGUACUAUAAUGUUAUUAAAAAUUAACCUUUUAUAGCAAUUGUA